CAAUGGCGCUGGCCCUCAUCCUGGUGCCCCGACCUUCCCUGUCGCUGCACCCCAGCCAGGGGGUGUCCCUGGGGGACAAUGUCACCCUGCGCUGCCACCUGCCCCGGGUGCAAGCCUGGGUCCAGCUCUGGUUGAAUGGAAUUCUGAAAUCUAACAAGGAAAAAGACAAGGAGCAGGAUACGGCUGAGUUCUCCUUUGCUGUCACAAACCUGGAAGACACCGGGACGUAUCAGUGUCGGUACCAGGUGUCAGAGCCACUGUGGAGAUCAGAGGGGAGUGAUCCUGUGAAGCUGGU